AACUUGCAAAGCCCCGGCCCCCAGUGGUGUUUGCAUGUUGGUUAACCGGCGCCGGAGGGACAUAGAACCUACAUCAAGACCAAUCAUUCUCCCCUUGUCGGGUGCCCUUACGGUGCGGUGUCUACGGUUGCUUGUUGGAUCUAGCCCGUUUUUCCCUGAUGUCGUUUUAUCAAACCGAACCCAGAGCUCCUAGUCGAGAUGUCUCCGGUUAUGAAUUGCCGCCAGAGCGUCGCCGUUAUUGGGUCGAGCUUCCGGGUUGGGUGACCGCGUACCUGAAGACGGAAGUAAGGAAACUGUCUACCUUAAACAAUGCCGAUGUCUACGAUCUCCUUUGUGAGUUGUGGAAGGUCCCAAGUAGCUUUGGGGUCGCAACCGAAGACCAAAACGUGUAUGUCAUCACCGAGGCAUUAACAAAACGAGAGGCAUCAAGAGCAAGCGGCUUAGCAAAUGUCCAACGGCAAACUCUCGCACAAGAAAUAGUCCAGGUAAUCGAAUACCUUGUGGAAAACUCGUCGGCAAAACCGAAACGACUCGGCUGGCUGGACCCAAACUUUUCGGAGAAGUUGCAGGAUGUCUCCCCUUCUGAUUGGAUCAUCUUUCCCGCCUCUGAUAUGAUUCACUGGCUCUCAGAUAACCGAUCUAAUAGUGCCGAGAAAUUCCUGCGUCAUAUCCCUCAACAACCUCCUUGCCGAGUGUGCGUCUUUGGGAAUUUCAAUCAAUUUUGUACAGGUGACAAUGGUCAAAGUAGAUUUUUAGCUGGAUCAAUGCAGCUAUCCCAAAUUUGGCAUCAAGGCUUCUUUGUGACGUUCACCAGCAAGGCAGCGACCUCAAAUCUCGAGGGUCUUAGAAAAUUAGUUUCCAAACUUGUCGCCCGGCAGUACGACAGCCUCGAAAAUCCAACGGGCUAUGUGAACAUAGCGAUCUGGCUCAGUUUGCACACCUAUUGGUUCCUCAGUCCACCGUCGAUUAACGAAGCUCGGACGUACAGAGAUGAUUUUAUCAUGUCAACACGCGCAUUCAACCAAAUCCAUGACCCGGACCUACCACCGAUUCCCAUCAUCAACAAACAGCAAUUGGAUAAUGGAAUCCGAACAAUCCUUAACGAUGGCAAAACAUCGAUUAAUCUGAUGAAAUCCAACAUCCUCGAAAAACUCAAAUUUCCUCGACAAGAAUUACCUGGAUUUAUUUCGGCUAUGAGUAACUUCUAUGAUCGAAGAAACGACCAUGAGGAUGAGUUGCGUGUUAUUCAAGAACUUGCAAGCCAGUUGGUCACGUAUUUUUGGAUGUUCAGGUUGGCGUUGAUCGUUGUAUCCGAGGAAGAACGUCCCUAUUUACCUCGACCAGAUCAGUUACCUUGGUGUCAAUUUGUAACUUUUGACACUCUUCUGAGACUUAUUGAAAGUAACUUUGCGUUGUAA